AUGGCCACCAUGCUUUAUUGCGCAGGUUAUACAGUUUAUCUAAGUUUGUUAGAACCAAAAGAUGCUAUUGAUUUCAAAAGUUUCACUAGUAUAAAAAAUGCUCUUAAAACUGCUGAAUUUCGUGACAUAGUGAUAUCAUUGGCAUCAACCUAUGGUCUUUAUUUCAUUUCAUCUAUCCUUCACGGAGAACCAUGGCAUAUGUUCACAUGUUUACUCCAAUACACAUUAUUAAUACCUUUCUACGUAAACAUUUUAAUGGUAUAUGCGUUCUGCAAUACACAUGAUGUCUCUUGGGGUACAAAAGGUGAUAAUGGUGGUGGAAAUGGCGCAAAUGCAACAAUCGUAGCUGGUAAAGAUGGUAAGAAGUUGAUGCAAGUAGAAGUGCCACACGAACGCGAAGAUAUUAAUGCAAAUUAUGAUAGUUUAGUCAAAGAUUUAAGAGUCAAAGUCAAAGAAGUAAAACAAAGGAGAGAUGCUGCAACAAAAAAAGAAGAUUAUUAUAAAUUAUUUAGAACUAAUUUGGUUUUGUCUUGGAUGUUUUCCAAUGCUUUCCUAGUGGUCUUUUUCACAUCAGCUACUUGGAAUAAUUAUAUUAGGGAUAAAUCUAAUGCAAAUGUAAGUUAUAAUCCUUACUUGACAGGUAUAUUUUGGUCUGUUGCUGGUUUAUCAGCUUUUAGAGCUUUUGGCUAUUCAUCUAUUCCCAAUACUUCAAUUAAAUUUAUUGAAGAAUCUUCAGAAUUUGAAAGAGGCGGGAGAUAA